CGCUUGUCUGUCGCUCUGUGAAGUGCUUGUGAAAUUCUGUGUUUUGAACAGGAGUGUGCUUGUACGUUUGGAUUAACGAAAAAUAUACAGUGUUCAGAAUCUUCAAUGCAGUGGCUGAUGUUAAGAGUACAUGCAGAUGCAAGAAUAGAAAUAGCACUUAAUGGGCAUGUACCAUAGCUGCAGAUACAAAGGAUAGAUUCUACUAUACCUGAGAACCGAAACAGGUUUUGUACUUCACAACCAUCUGUCUUAAUGCUGAUGGACAUACAGCUGAUGUUCCUCAUCAUCACACAUUGAGUGACGUGGCCACAUCGCUCAGUUUUAAUAGGUACAAGAGAUGUGAUCCAUGAUUAUGCCACAGUGAUGACUGUAUAUAACUCUAUCCCCUAAUAGAAUUAAAUUUGUGUCAGACAUCCAGAUGCCUGUUUGCCAAGCAGGAAGUCACUACAGUUCCUGACUCUGCUUCAACUGAUACAAGAGAAUGCGUGGGAGCACAAAUAGUGGCAACUUUGGCUCCAGUCAGUAGGUGGCCUGUAUGUGAAUUGAACGUGCACAUUGAAGAAGGUUGUACUGCAUAUGAGGUGACACAUUGUCUGCCAAGAAAGAUUUUGAGUGUUCCUGUACGGAAAAGGAGGAGAAAGAUGAUAAUUCAUUCUCUAACAUUUUCAGUUAGAAAGAGAAAAAUAUUUAAGCCGUGCCCCGAUGUCCGUGUGUGAAUCUUUACUCAGCAUGGUGCUGCAGUCUGUUGAAAAUGUUCUAAAAAAAGCUGAAACAUUAAAGGACCAGCUAAUGAACAUAGAAAAUAUUGCGUGUGAUAAAGAUGGUAUGGUUUGUCAGCAAAAGCUCCAGAGAAUAUAUCAUGAUGCCCUUAUCCGCGAUUUGGAGUAUUCAUUAGAUCAUAAGGCUGAAGUUGACCUAUGGAAUCAUGGUUUUCGAAACAGUAUUGUUACUCUGCAGAGCCUUGCAAGAGAUAAAAAGAAUCCCAGGCGUGAUGAAUCUGAAAAUAAGCUCACACGAUUUCUAGAGUCGGCCACUGCAUUUUACUCUGCACUUCUUCAUGAUGUCUGUUCUGCUUUCGAUCUAGAGCUACCGUUUAGAAGGAAUGGCAGGAGCUAUGCUUGUCCGAAGAAAAUUCUUCCUCCUAAAUCAGUUGCGAAACCCAACAAGAAUUCAUGUUAUUACAUGUGCCAGUACUGUUUAGUUCACCUGGGAGACCUGGCUCGUUACCGUCAUCUUGGUCGCCAAGCUGAGCUUUUCUACAGAUAUGCAGUGCAACUGUCACCAUGCAGUGGUCAUCCAUACAACCAGUUAGCUCUAGUGGAAGCUGCUCGUGGUGACCGACUGAGCACGGUAUUUUAUUAUGUGCGCAGUGUAUCAGUUAGACAUCCUUUUCCAGCUGCAGCCCUGAACCUGGCCAAGACUUUGAAUCAGUAUGUUGAUGAAGAGAUAGAUGUUGAGGGCCGUGCAAAGCUAACAGUACCAGAGUGCGUGACAGUUUUUUUGAGGUUUCAUGGUCUUUUGAGCAAACUGACUGAUUUAGAAGUUGCUGAGAAAUACGUCAAGUUGCUGACAAACACAUUGACAGCUCUUGUUGCAACAGAGAGCUUUAGUGCUACCCAGCUUGUUCAGAUGCUUGCUAUUAAUUUAUAUGCACUUCACCAGAGGAAAGACUGCGCAUUUUUAAACAAAUCCACAGUCCUGUGUGAUUCAGGACUUGAGGCCAGUGAGCUGCAAGCAAAGCGACUAGUUUUGCACCUAGUUGCUGGCUCACUUUCUGCAUUUCUUCUUCCUGUUUACACUCUGAAAGAUGGAGAAGCAUUACUUGAUUACUUCGCCUUACCAGCAAUCAAACUCACAUUGGAUUGGAUUCAUUUAGAAAGUGAAGUGCUACAGGAAGAAGCAUUUGCGACCAGAAGACAGAUAUGGCCAAGCCUUUGCAAGUUGUUGAAUGUGAUUCAGCCAUAUCUUGCUGACUUUUCUGCAGACAAGUGGACAUUUGUGCCUCUUCCAGAAGAUAAAAAUUUGCAGUGUUUCAUACCUCUGGAACGGCUGCUGAACAAUUAUAGAUUUGUAUUUGAUGAGCCAAAGAUGGAGGCUGAAACAACAAAUAAGCUCCGUGCUUCCCGUUUGAUUGAGUUUGGUAUCUGGCUGUCAGAACAAGAGAAUCAUAAACUUUUGAAGACAAGGAAGGAUUCAGGAGAAAAUGAUAAAUUGGUAUUUGAACUGGCGUAUAUGAUGCCAGCAGAUAUGGCACAUAAAGAAAUUGCAACUGUUCAAGAGACAAAGGAUGACAUUCUUGAUACUUCCACACUGACUGAAAUUGGUUCCCUUGAUUCGGACAGCACAUCAGGAAUUGGUGAGGGUACAGGAACACAAACUCCACCAGAUUUUUUUCCUGUCAGUUUGCCACCACCAGUGAUGAGAGAUGAAGAAUUGCCAAAAAAUAAAGGAUCUACACUAGUAAAAGAGACUUCCUCAAUUACCACACACUCAUCAGUUCAAACUUCAUCUCAUGGUCCAGGAAUUAUGAAAAAGUAUCGUCAGAAUGUUGCAAUGCAGGCUAUUCUCAAGAAAAUGGACCAAGAAUCUGUUAAAACAGCAGAAGCAAAGCAGGUCACUUUUAAAACACCUACACCAGUUGGGUCAGACUCAGAAAAGAAAACCCAGAAUAAACAGAUAAAAGGAUCCCAGGAAAAGCAAAUUGCACAGCAGACACCAAGCAAAACCAUAAGUAUUGCAGUACAUACUAGUAAUGAUAAGAAUAAAUCUGCAAAUGCUUCAGAUUCUGUAGGGAAAAAUGUUACAUUCACCCUUCAUGGUAGUCAAGAAAAUACACAGAUACAGAAGGAGAAACUAAAUGUUCCCGAUAAAGUUCAUUCACCUGCCAUCAACUUUCAGGAUAAGAAUGCAGCACCACUGAUCAAAAUGGGGCAGGAUACAGUCGCUGGGAGUGCAUUUUUGGGGUCAACCUCAUUUGGUUCACCCACUCCACAAGAAAAGAGCUUUACAGUGCCUGCCCAAAAUUCACAGAAGAAGAGUGUAACGUUCACUGAUGAAAAAAUUUUGUCAUUUGCUGCCCAGGUGUUCCAGAAUAGAGGUUUGGCGUAUAAGGGCGCAUUUUCUUCUCAGGUACAACAGGAUAAAAACAGUCCAUUGUCCUCUCCAGCUGUUCAGGAGAAGGCAUCACCAUAUGUCACCCAGGGAACCGACAAUAAAACUAGCAGCACAUAUCCUGUAGCUAACAUAAAAGAGAAGCCUAUUACAUACUCUGCAGUAGUCCAGCAAGAAACAGCUAAACAACCUAUUGCAGAAACGUCUACAUGGAUUUAUAACAAAAAUGCUAUGCAGCCACCGCCUCUUCGAGAUGUGCGUGGCCCUGUGGCACCGACCUCCCAAACCAGACCAGAAUUGCCGGGAACACAGGUCUUCGGAGGAGUCGGGAGCUUUUCACAAGAUAUAUUGAAAACUCCAUUAUUUAAGUUGCCCGACAUACAAGAAUUACGCAAUACAUCAGACAGUAAUGUGUCGAGCCCACAACUGUAUUCGUCGGGAAAUGCUCUCGGAACAGAAAUGCAGAAAAUACCACAAUCACAGUACUCUAUGGAAAUUAAUAAAAGUGUGUAUACCGGGCCAGAUGUGAAUACGAAACCAGACUUCACAAAUGUUUCCAGUGUCGAUUCUAGUCAGCUCCACAUUCCCGCAGCCAUAGGAAGUGAGCAUAGUGCAUUUCAGUCUCCAAGUGUAAAUUUUGCACAUCCACAUUCUGGCUCUAGAAAUUUUCCUGAUCAAUUGGGGAAAGUACGGCCACCUCCAGGUUACACUCUGGCUCAUGUUCCACAGACACCUGUAAACUGGUGGAAGGAAGAUGUUACACCUGCUUCUCCAUUGACAACUUGGUGGAAGAUGGAUACGUCCUCGGGAAACAGAUCAGUCUCACAUCCUCCUGGAGAUGACAGUACAGCCAUACAGUACAGUCCUCUCGGAUACAGAAGGCCACCAUCACAACAGUUACCACUAAAUCUUGGAAAUGAAGGUUCUGGGAAAACAGACACUGGAUAUGGCAGCCACUUAUGGAGUAUGAGCUCACCUAGUUCAUCUGUGGAGGUAAAUCUGCAUCACAAACUGGUUGGUGGCACUGGGCAGCAACAAGCCAGCUACACUACCAGUGGCCAUCAGCAACCAACCUACUCAGCUUCAGGCCAGCAGCAGACCACUUACACAAGGCCUGAUAACUCCCUCACAGGAAUGUUCACCUCUGACGUAAAUAUGCCAAUGUUUGGCCCACGUGAUACAACAGAACGAGGAUUGUCGGAGGUAACAGCAUGUAAUAUAGGUAGCUAUGCUCCUGGUGGUUCAUUAUUCCCUAUGCCUACCCGUCAUUCUGGACCUGGUGGGGACAACACGUAUAGCCUGUUUAGUUCAACACAGUGGGCCACUCCAUCAACAACUCAGUCAUCGCAGCAGGGAAUGAGCUUUGGUGGCCUGAUGAGUGCUAGUGGAUCAAGUGGACUUGGAACUCAGUCAUUGUGGUCAGGACCAGGCCCAUCCCCACUCGAGAGACUUCUGGAGCAACAAAAGCGACUUCGUGAAGGACCAGCUUCAAAAAAGGGAACUUGAAACACUAGCAUAAUUGUUUAUUCAGGAAUAUAACAAAUGUGGCAUUAAUCUUAACUACAUAUAAUUGCCAGAUUUUUGAAGCAUGAAAAUAAUUGUGAUGCCUGGUAAAUGUAAUGAAAUGCUGUAUCGCUGUGUUAUUUAAAGUCAACAAAAUGCAGUGAUCCAUACUUUAUAAUACAGUACCUAAAGUAUAGCUAUAAGUGUCAGGCAAGUAUAGGUUUCAUGUUUUGCACUUGGAGUCGAUUAAUAUUGAUCUUUUCUUCUGAGGCUAAGUACAGUGUAUGUAAUGAGGUGAACAUACUACAUUCAAGCCAUCCAAAUGAAGAAAAGAUGCUCGUGUGCAGCAUGCACCCGGUAAGUUCAUAGGGUAAUGGUGUUGUAAGCUUUCAGUCUGAGAGUACCAGAAAUACUUGAUACAGUAUUGUUGAACCACGUAAAAACAACUGAGGCACAUAUGAAUUGACUGCUUUUUAUGAAAGAUUGAAUUUCAGUUGAGACUCCCUUGCUACCCAAGCUGGCACUAGAUUUUUUCCUUAUCAAAAUUGUUUCUUGGGAAAUGGGAGUUGUAAAUACAAGAUUGUUUACAGACAUUGAAUUGGGUGUCAGUAGAUGUUGUCUUUCCUCAUACAAGUUGGUAACAACUCAGUUUUAAGUAUUACCUAGUGUAUGACAAGUUUGUAAUAUGGCAAAGCUUAAAACAGAUGAAUUUUAGGUGUAACAGAGCUUCUGACAAACAAGUUUUAGUUGUGGAGAGUAUGUGAAAAGAGAUGUUCUAUAAACAGUUGACAAAGGAGGUACAUUGUCAGAGAACAGUCAAUGAUUUAGUUAAGUUGCAUUGAAGCAUGCACCAAGUGUACAGAUGGAAACAAUUGUAACAGUUCUGUGCUUUUUGUGGUUAACAUGGUGACCAAAAAUUAAACUUUUGUCAGAUUAUUCGUUCAGUCAGUGGCAAACAGUAAGUAGCAUUUUAUUUUGUCCAGUACCAGUUGUUUUGGUGCUGUUCCAAAACUCCUUUUGAAACAUUCCUUUCAGUGUGUGUGUCAGUCUGUUAUGAAGUACUGUGUGUUAAGAUUUAAGACCACUGUGUUACUCAGUUUUGUUGUCUUGACUUCAAAAGAACUAUGCUCUUCAUAAGCUGAAAUUUUUAAUGUCUGAUAUUUUCUAUGUAGUUUCAUUGGCUAAUAUUUUAGUGUGCAUGGGAAGUCACGUGACGGAUAUUAUGUGGUUACUUAUCAGGCUUUUGCUCUAACUUACGUAGAGAGUUCUCUAGCACCAAUGAAAAGUUUUCUUAAAUGUUGCUUGUAAAAAGAGGAUUUUGUUAAAUCUUAAAUCCUUUUGUCUCAUAUUUUGUCAGUUCCAAUAAUGUAAAAUGAUUUAUUUGCAGUAAUUCAAAGACUUAAAGAUAUGUAUCUGAGCUAAUGAAACAUGUACACACUUUUCCAUCUAAGCAUAUCUUUCACAAUUGAUGUGAACACUGUGGUGUAAAAAAUGAAAAUGUAUACUAUACCGCCCUACCAGUUGUUGUACUGAUGUUUUAAAGGCUGAUAUAAAUGUUGAACAAUCAUAUAGUAUGCUUUAUAAAUUUCUAAAGAGGAAAACAGAAAGCGAAAGAUAAACAUGAAUGACAUUGAUAAAAUAGCAUGUACUUAUCAAAAAUGGACCACAAUAAGAGGUAAUGGAAACUUGACUCUCUGCAUCAAAGAGUCCUUCUUUGCAGUCAAGUGCACAAAAAAUAAUAAUGGGGAGGAGAG